AUGGCUGCAGGUAAAGGAUGCUGCAGUGCACUCAGCCGGUGUAUUUUUGAAUAUGAAACACCCAAAGUGCUGGUGAUCCAGAGCAAGACCGUGGGAACGAUCCACAGACUUAUUCAGGCUUCCAUUGUUGGCUAUGUGAUCGGGUAUGUCUGUGUGAUCCAGCGGGGCUACCAAGACACAGACUCCGUCAUCAGCUCUGUUACCACCAAGGUCAAGGGCAAUGCUUUGGCAAAGAUCCCCGACGUGGGUGUCCAAGCGUGGGACGUGGCUGACUACAUCAUACCAUCUCAGGCGGAGAACUCCUUCUUUGUAUUGACAAAUUUGAUUGUCACCCAGAACCAAACACAGUCAACCUGUGCUGAGCUCCCUAGACCGUCCACCAUUUGUACUUCUGACAGCAACUGCACUGCAGGAUUCAGCAAUGUGCACGGCAAUGGUAUCCAGACAGGGAAAUGUGUGGAUUACUCAGACACUGUCAAGACGUGCGAGGUGAAGGCUUGGUGCCCAUUGGAAAUAGACACAAACCUGCCUGAGCCUGCAGUGUUGGCUGAUGCAGAAGAGUUCACUGUGCUUAUAAAGAACAGCAUCCAAUACCCCAAAUUCAACGUCAAUAAGAGAAACAUCCUGCCUCAUGUUAACUCCUCCUAUCUGAAACACUGCACCUUCAACCGCCUAACCGACCCCAACUGCCCCAUCUUCCGCUUCAGAGACAUCGUCGCCGAGGCCCAUGAGGACUUCCAGGACAUGGCCGUACAUGGAGGGGUGAUUGGGAUUUUGAUUGACUGGAGUUGCAACUUGGACAUGCCUGAAAACAAGUGCGUACCGAAGUACUCCUUCCGUAGACUGGACAACAAGUACAAUGACAACAACGUGGCCCCCGGAUACAACUUCAGAUUUGCCAGAUAUUACAAAGAUUGUGAUGAUAUAGACAAACGAACACUGAUCAAAGGCUACGGAAUCCGUUUUGAUGUUAUUGUCUUUGGAACGGCUGGUAAAUUUAACAUGGUGCCCACACUGGUGAACAUUGGCGCUGGAUUGUCCUUUCUCAGCUUGGUCAGCGCUGUUUGUGAUUGGGUGACCUUCACAUUCUUGAAGAAAAGAAACUACUACAGUAAACACAAAUACAUUCAUUUGGAUGAAAGUGAUGACACUGAAGGAACCAUGUAUGGUACCGAGUAGAGCUCAUCUGCUGCUGAAAAGUGUCUAUAUGGUGACAUCUUUCUUCCUGGGAACUUGAAAGCAUCUCCACCCUUCUGAACCCCUCCCUCUCUCCUGAAUCAAAUACACAUUUUUAAAACAACUUUAUAAAAAAUUUGUGUUCCUCUAAACUGUAUGCACCCGGCCAGUGCUACUCUUCACUUCACAGUCUAUCAGAUCAGCUGUGUAGCCACUGUGCCCAAGAACUGCGCAUCUUACGCAGCUAACACAGGCCAUGGCACUGGAUUCUGGGGGCGGAUCUUUACAUUGAGAACUAAAGAUUUAGCUGGAUAUGCUACCUGUUUACUGAAAAGACUCAUAAAUGCUCUCACUUAGAAAUGACAUACCGUAAGCUCAGAACUUGGUUCAUGUUACAAUGUUCUGGUGUCCUUGGUUUUUUGUUUGCAAUUUCCUUCGGGAUUUAAUGGUAUAACGUUUCAAAUAAAAAUACAUACACUCC